AUGGUGUCUACUUUGACCGAGCUUAAAGAAAAGGCAUUUCUCACAUUGCACGACAACUUCAAAAAUAUAGCAUGGUUCGCAGAGAGACCUAUUUUAGUACCUUGGAAUGAAAACUUUGAUAAAUUAAAACAUGAACUCCUCCACAGUCUACCUGGAGAUGCUUUAAUGUUUGUCUCCAUUGGUACUACCAUCGAUGAACAUGCCGCACUUCAGUAUCCAGUUGAAUUUCUCAACUCCCGACAACCCACAAAACUGCCACCUCAUAAGUCGUUCCUAGAGAAAGGUGCACCUAUCAUGCUCUUGAGGAAUUUCGAAAAACCACCACGACUAUUCAAUGGUACAAGAUUGACUGUAACUACAAUGAUAAGUCAUAUCCUAGAAGCAACCAUUAUUGCUAGUUGCCAUUGA